GGUCGGAGCCGGUCGUCCGGAGGAGCUCGACUGGCGGGCGCUACGGAGAGAACCGCGCUGCAAGGUGCCUCCGAGACCUCUGGCCCCGGAAGGAGGGAGCAGCGCGCUCGGGGUUAGAACUGGACUCCACCGGCUGCCAGCCGCCCCGGGAGCCCGCCAGUCCUCAAGUUCCGGAAGGCGAGUGGGGACCUGGGCCGGGCUGGGGCGUUGAGCCCACCAUGGCCGCGCGCGCCCGCGGGCUAUGCCAUAUCGCCUUCCAUGUGCCCCCCGGGCAGCCCCUCGCCCGGCGCCUGCAGCGCCUCUUCGGCUUCCAGCCCCUGGCGGCGCGGGAGGCGGGCGGCUGGAGGCAGCUGGCUCUGCGCAGCGGAGACGCCGUCUUUUUGGUGAACGAGGGCGCAGGGCCCGGGGAGCCGCUGUACGGGGUGGACUCGCGUCACGCGGUGCCCAGCGCGACGAACCUGUGCUUUGACGUGGAGGACCCGGACGCAGCCGUGCGGGCGCUGGCGGCGCAGGGCUGCCGCGUGUCAGUGCCCCCAGCCAGCGUGCGGGACGCGCAGGGCGCGGCCACCUACGCGGUGCUCAGCUCUCCAGCUGGAAACCUCAGCCUGACCCUGCUGGCACGCGCAGGCUACCGCGGGUGCUUCCUGCCCGGCUUCCGACCCGUGCCAUGCGUGCCCGGCCCCGGCUGGGUCAGCCACGUGGACCACUUGACCUUGGCCUGCACGGCCGGCAGCUCCCCUGCACUUCAGCGAUGGUUUCACGACUGCCUGGGCUUUCACCACUUGCCUUUGAGCCCAGGUGAGGAUCCGGAGCUGGGCCUCGAGGUGGCUGCAGGGUCUGGGCGAGGGGGACUGCGGCUCACUGCCCUACAGACCCCAACAUGCAGCACCGUCCCCACCCUCGUGCUGGCCGAGUCCCUAUCGGGAGCCACUAGCACACAGGAUCAGGUGGAGCAGUUCUUGGCCCGGCACAGGGGGCCAGGCCUGCAGCACAUAGGGUUGUACACUCCCAAUAUCUUGGAAGCCGCGAAGGGGAUGGUCGUGGCAGGAGGCGAGUUCCUCAUGCCCCCCGAGGCAUACUACCAGCAGCCUGGCAAAGAGAGACAGAUCCGAGAGGCAGGGCACCAGCUGCGCCUUCUGGCCCAACAGGGAAUCCUGAUAGAUGGCGAGAAAGGCAAAUUUCUGCUACAAGUCUUUACAAAGUCCCUCUUUGCUGAAGGCACCUUCUUUCUAGAGCUGAUUCAGAGACAGGGGGCCACCGGCUUCGGCCAGGACAACAUCCGGGCACUAUGGCAGUCAGUACAAGAGGAAGCUAUCAGGAGCCAGGAAGCCUGAAGGGACGCGGAGCUGGGUGCACUCACUGAUCCUGGAGCUUUGGGGAAUCCCAUCUCAAGGUCUGGGGCUGAGCAACACCCAGGAGGCCAGCUGGAGAAAAGCUCUGCUCUGGGGCCCAGUGUGGCCUCUGUCUCAGAACCUGUGAGCAGUUGAGUCUCACUGUGAUCCAAAGAGUCCUUCUACUGCAGCCUUAACUGAAGUCUACCUCACCGCCCGCUCGGCCAUUGCUCUCCACGCUCUGCAGCCUGAGCCCGCAGGGCUCUCCCGGCCUCUUCCGCAGCGGGGAACGCACUGAGCUGCCCAUCCCUCCAGGGAUCUGCUCCUGCCCAGAACACUCUCCACGACACGACCCUCUCCUAGUUUCUUCGUAUGCUUCACGCUCAGCUCCGACACAGCCCCUUCCUCUGGGA